AGGUAUGGUUGUUUAACCGGGUAGUUGAAAGAUGCUUACCCACGCGUAGAAUGGGAACCGAGUCUCGUUUGUUUUCGCUUGGACGACAUGACCUGCGUCAUGGCACAAUUGUCUUGGCUAAACGUUGGGCAAUAUGCUGCUGCAGCCACCAUGUGGCGAACGACAUCUAUCACCGAUGAGAUCAUCUGGCAAAAUGGCGUGCUAUUAAUUUACUUACACUUGCGUGAAAAAAUAUGUUUGAAGCAAUCUAAAUUGAUAGCAGCUAUGUUGAACCUUGGCUUUCUGUACUGCCAACGAAUGAAGCUCUGUAUGAGUCGUUUUGUUUUCGUUUGUGAGAAACAUGUGAAUUCACUGCCAAAUACGAUACCAGAACGAAAGUUAGGAAGGAUUUUAAAAAUUUUUGAGGGUGUAGUUGUUCAUCACGAAGGCAAUGAAUGUGUCGUGAUACACGGUAAACAAAUUAGGUUCAGCUGUUGUGUUUAUACCAAUUGGUGUCAUAUGUUGGCGCAAUACCAAAUGAUAUAAAAUUGGAUACAAUGAAAUAAUUGUAAAUUUUGGAUAAUGUGAAGAAUAAAAUGUAAUAAAAUGGUGAAUGUCAGUUGAUUUUUUUUAAUAAAUUAAAAUUAAAAAUGAAACGUUACAAGCAAUGUAAGGAAGUUAGUAUUGAACAAAUGAAAGACAAUUAAAGUUAUUUUAAUAUUCCGUGUACUGAUUACAGAAUUUGUAGUUUGUGUUCUUGAAAUGAAAUGAAUUCUUAAGUAUCUCCUAGGUAGGGCAAUGCAUAGCUUAGAAAUAUUUAUUACAUGAAUUAACAUAAGAUCCCACCCGACUGAAUUCAUAUCAUUAAACGUUUCAGUACGAAGGUGGAUUUAGGUAGUAAAUAUGUAUACCAAAAUCCUACGCGCCACAUUGCUAGCAUGGCGUGGGUGUCUGUGUUUGUUUUGCAUCUUGCAUCUUGCAGCUAACGUGCAACUGGGGUUAUCGUAUCUUUCGCUGUUCUCGCACAGCCGAGCGCAUCUAAAUUUAGUCAAACUACAUACGAGUGGUGGGUGACGGACGAUAGUGAUUUUGAAACUGCUUGAUGAACGAAAAAGAAAAAAAAACAUCGUCAACAAACGUCGCACUUCAAACGUUUAACAGCUGAGAUGUGAUGCGAUGGUGCUAUGAAGCCGUUGAUUAUUGUCUUGCGGUGUUGGUAGUUUACAUCGAUCGUAGGUGAUAUGAGUAUUCAAAUAUUGAAAAUAGCAUCAUACACGUUGGAGUGGAAUGUAAAUUAGUAUUGGUUAGCAAAGGUUGAAACGAUGAAUAAAUAACAACCUACACCGACAAAAAAAACAUGAAGGGCAAAUUUUGGAUGCCGUUUGAUUUUUAUGUAAAUUUUUUUUAAGUUAGUAGCGACGCGGAUUACUAUUUUUUUAAAACAUUGUUCCUCAAGAAUCUGUCGUAGACACACUAUUAAAAUACUGCAUAUUAUAAGACUUCAGCGUCGAGUCUCUAACCAUUAUUGCUCUCUUGGUUCUCUGCUAGCAUUUCAUUGAUUAAACAUGUUGCCUGCGCUAGUAUUGCUGAAUGCUUCAUGGUGUCCAGUGCUUCAUACGUUUUAUCCAGAGAAUCUCUCGAAACGUUUCUGUGCUCACUUUUCUCCGCUAGUUGCCGUAUGGCCGGAGAGUUGUGAAUGAAAAAGGCUGCCAUUGGUGGUAGGAGCUGAUAGCAACCCGGUGGCCGCCACUAAGCAUUCGAAGGGCAAGAGAGAACCUGUGAGCAUAAGAGCGCGCAAGAGAAAUUCGUUGGCACGAAGAGAGACCGCGGCGAUGUUCGCGGCUCUCGAUCGCGGUCCCCAUUGUUUUGAUCGCUAGCAAACUCGUCAGUUGCUCGCGAAUCGUCCGUAGUGUGCCUUUGCGUUGGGCCAGCUGUUUUCGUUUGGGGAAACUAUUUGUGUUGCAUUUUAUGUGUGUGUGUAUGUGUGCUUUUUUUUAUUUGUAUGAGCCCCAAACUUCCACACCUUGAAUUCGGGUGCAAACGAAACUUCAACAAUCUUACCCGCGAGAUCCGUUAUCGUGCAUUCGCGGGUACGUUCAUGUGAAUGCACUAGUAUUGCUGUGUUUGUGAAUGUACGUACGUACGCAAGAGUGGGGCAUUAGUUCAGGAAAGGAUAAAAAAUCUUUCGUGAUCAUCGCCGGGGUGAGGAGCAGCAUAUUCGAGAUUUGUUCGUGUGCGGCUGCGUGUGCGUGUGCAUUAUUUACCACAAUUAUUUCGUGUUUUACAAUUAGAUACGUGAGUGCCAAUGUUCGAUUUAAUUGAUUAGAAUAGUGCAAUUAGUGGUUGCGUUAGUGAAAACGUUGAAAAAGGCACAUGAAGCCUUGGUCUGUGAUUGUCCCGUGUAAAUAAUGACCGAUCGCUGCCACCAGCCCAAUGAAUUGGCACCGACUUAGUGACAAACUUUCACCGCUCAAAAUGAUGACCACGACGAAGAAAGUCGACUACCUGUCGACGACACCGACAUCGGCCACGACGCCCUCCUCGACCAGCCAACCGGACAGUCUGGAUCUAGACUACGAUAUGUGGCAGGGUCAGUUUGAGUUCGUUGGUCCCACAGUGCCGAUCAAUGCUGCAAAUGGUAACUGCGGCAGCAGCAGCAGCACCGGCAGCAUCGGCAUCACGUCGCUCGACAAGCAGUCGCGCACGUCCUCAUCUAGUCUGGAAGAUUUACGCUUAAACGGGUACAUCCCACCCGAUCAGCCGGUGCUGAUCGACGAGGAAACGUUCCUCAGCCUGCACCCAAAUGACUUCCCUUCGUCCGGGCCGCAGUCGGGAUUUUUCCUGGACGAUUACGGUAACCCAAACCAAAACGGAAAUGCUCUCGACGCUUACCAGCUGAACAACAACAGCAUUACAGCGAACGGUAAUGUGAGCGGAGGUAUACUCAACAUCAAAAUGCUCAACAACAAAACGAACAACCUCAUCAGCUCGGUUACGAUCGAGGAGAAAAAUGCCAAAAACAACUUGAUCAACAACAAUCUGAAGCUGAUCAACGAUAAUCCAGAGCUCAGCAAUAAGUACAUUUUAAAGUCGAGCAACAGUAGCAGUAAAAUGAGCGAUCUAAUCAAGACCGACCUAUGUGAUAAUUUAAACGAACAACUCGAAAUACUACAACGGCAAGUCACCAAUCUGGCAGACACCCAGAGCAAUGUGGACGAUCGCACGAGUAGAACGAAAACGGAAUAUGCCGUCCUUCAAGCGCGUUAUCAUAUGCUGGAGGAGCAGCUGAGAGAGACUGAAUUGCGGGCGGAAGAACGAUUGGCUGAAGAACAAAAGCGUCACAGGGAGUUGCUGGCCCGCGUCGAGCGGGAGGCAAAAUUGCAGAAUGAAAACUGUCAGAUCCGGAUACGGACGAUGGAGAUGGAGGUAACCAGCUUGCGGGAGGAGAUCCAACGAUUGCGCCUGCAAAGUGACAAACAGGCGGCCGAUCUGCAUGCGACGGAGGAGAAGCUGGAGAAAGCUCGGGAUUCGCUGAUGAUCUCGCAGCAGGAUCUGGCGGAAGCAAGGGCAGAGGAGAAAAAGCAUAGAGCCGAGAAGCAAGCGGCAGAGGAACUGAUGGUAGAGCUUGGCAAGGAAUGUGAACGGCUGCGUUCUGAGCGUGGGCCCGCACUGCCAACGACAUCGCCCGAGUCGCUGCGACUGGAGGAAUUGCAUCAGGAAAUGGACGAAUUGCGCCAGAAGAACAAGUCACUGGAGGAAGCGAACGAAGAGCUUCAGGCUAUGAUGUUGACCCGUAGCAUUGAGGAAGGGCGUAAUCUGCUGAACGGGACCUCGAACAGUUUGGCCCAAGAGCUAGAAGCCAUGAGCCAAAAUCAGGAUACCGUUGAUUCGACCACUUUAGCGUCAUUAACACAGCUCCAGGUCGCAUUCCAGGAGAAGGAAGAGGAGAACCGACGACUGAAGCAUUACAUCGACACGAUGCUAUUGAACGUGGUGGAAAACUAUCCACAGCUGCUGGAAGUGAAAGCCGCCUAAACUGGACUGGUUGAUUUUGUUCCGUUUAGUUGAGCCUUAGUGUAAAUUACAUUCGCUUUUUACAAUCAAACAGAACAUAGUUACAUGUUACAUGUUACUCACAAAUCAAGAAAGUGUAGGAAAGAGCGUAUACUAAAACAAAUAGACGAAAAAAUACACAAGUCAGGGUAAACAGGACGCGGAUGUGCGACUAAUGGAAUUGAUAGCAGAAGCCCAAGCAAUAUAUUGUUUUUUUUUAUAUAUUACUGAGUACAUUUAGCAACUACACAACACAAAAGGACGACCGUAGCUUGUUAGACUAUAAUUUCUUAGACAUUGCUAGAGAAACGAAGAACAAGAUACAUUAUGAUUGCGUUCGAAUGGAACAGAGCAGACGCAGUUUAUUUAUCAGAGCAUGAUUCUCGCUUGAUGAUGAUACUGGUACGGUUUUUGUUUACAAACGAUAGAUCCCUCCAAAAUCCGUGCUCCAAAAGAGGGUAGACGAGCAACGGUACUCUUCGGUUCUUAACACAUCAUAAAUGCGCCUUGCAAUCAAUUCUAAUGAUGAGCAGCAGCUUAACAGCAAAGCACUUACUAGAAUCGUGAUAACUGAAGUAGCCUUCAAGCGUAAAAUAUGUUUGAUGUAUCCUUUUUAAAAUGGACGUCGUAAUCUAUUGUAAUGCGUAAAACAAGGCAGUAGAGUUUGGCGUCGACGAAUUGAGUGGCCAAGAAUGAAGUUUGUAUUUAAAAUAAAAAAAAAUGUUUAAAAAUCACUUUAAAGUUGCAUUGAGAGAGUAAUACAUUAUAAAUUAUUAGCAAGAGAAGAAUGUUGGAAACAGCUUUGCAACGCCUUUCGGUUGGGGUUUCGUUUUUGUUAGACGACUACACAGUUAGCGGAAAGGAAGGACAUGUUUAAAAGUUUUUGAUAAAAAUUGUUUUAGCAUAUGCAUUGGCGUUAAUAAACAAAUAAUUCAAUUCAAAAUCACCAGCUGCACUCGAUUUGCAGUUCAGUUUAAAAUCAUAUACACAAAAAAGCAUAUUUGAAAGAUCUAUUUACGGUGUAACUGGAUGCGACUAUUUCGUGGAUAAGUUAUUGCUGUUCAGGUUUGAAGGUUACAUUGUAUGGAGUGUAGUGCGAAAUCUAUUUUACCUUCCCUUUACGACGAGGGCAUGUUACGGAUAGGAGCAGGGCGUAGGAAAAGAUAGCUGUUGAAGGUGAUUUGUUUCGUAAGUGGUUGUGCAACUGCAAGACGUUAGAGUGCUGUGACCCAUAAGCACUCUCUUUUUAUAGCAUGGAUGCCAAAAUAGCGUUCUACUAAAACAAAACCCAACUGUAUUACUACUUAGAGUCAGAAAUAAAAAUACUUACAACAUA